AUGUACUGUCUUGCUACUUCCCAGGUUUUCAUUGGCUGUGGGCCAAGAAACCUCACAGACUUCCCAGCCGCCAUCAUUGUGCGGAAGCUUAAGUUUCACGAGCAGAAGCUGCUGAAGCAGGUGGACUUCCUGAACUGGGAGGUCACAGACCACAACCUGCAUGAGCUACGCGUGUUGCGGCGUUAUCGGCUGCAGCGGCGCGAGGACUAUACGCGCUACAACCAGCUGAGCCGUGCUGUGCGCGAUCUGCCGGAGCGUGACCCGUUUCGCGUGCGCUCCUCGGCCGCGCUGCUGGAUAAGCUGUAUGCGCUCGGCCUAGUGCCCACGCGGGGGUCGCUGGAGCUCUGCGAUUUCGUCACGGCCUCGUCCUUUUGCCGCCGCCGCCUGCCCACGGUGCUGCUUAAGCUGCGCAUGGCUCAGCACCUCCAGGCCGCUGUGGCAUUCGUGGAGCAGGGCCACGUGCGCGUGGGCCCCGACGUGGUCACAGACCCCGCCUUCCUUGUCACGCGAAGCAUGGAGGACUUUGUCACCUGGGUUGACUCGUCCAAGAUCAAGCGGCACGUGCUGGAGUACAAUGAGGAGCGUGACGACUUCGAUUUGGACGCCUAGCGGAUGUCCCCUCGCCAGGACUGCAUUUUGUAGAUAGGGAAGCUGAGACACAAGCUUGAGAUUCUGUGAAGGCGCGUCUCCGCAAGAGUGUAUCAGCCAGUCGUCGGUUCUUAAGAACUUGCCUCCUCAGCUACAGGCCACGCGCGGAGCCAAAGGGUACGCCCUUUUCCACGAAAUUUUCUUAGCUCUUGGACAAUUGGUAAUUCAGUGACUGCCGUAAGAAACAAUAGGAAGCGGUUUUGUGCUGCACUGGGGAAUUGUUAUGUUCUUGUACCUGAAACAUUGCGGUGUGAAUGCAAGGACUUGGGAUGGGGGAGGGCCUACCCUCGCCCCCAGCUUUCCUUUCGUUUCUUUGUAACAGGAAGUGUGGUUUAAUUUAUUUAACUCGAAUCCUUGCUCUUGUUCCUGAUUAAACUAUAUAGAUGUUGUAGAGGUUGGUCUCAAGUUUUCAUAAAAUGGAUAAGAUUUUAGUGUUCAAGGUUCUUUCUCUUGUUUAAAGGAAUGCUCUCCUAAUGCCAAUAAAUGACCUACCUGCUUU